GAGAAACAUCCAUGUGAAAGAAACACAUCGAUUGGUUGCCUCCUGUGUGCGCCUCAAACAGCACUCAGGCCCGGGAGGAGCCUGCAACCAAGGUACGUGCCCUUGACUGGAAUCGAACCUGGGACCCUUUGGUCUGUAGGCUGAGGCUCUAUCCACUGAGCCACACCGUCCAGGGUACCAAAGGGCUGAGGACUGAGGCUACACCAUCCUGUACCCAAAGGACUCUGAGCAAAGGCGUCCCUGAGCCCGGGCGCCCAGAGGGGCCCCGCAGCGAGGAUGUCCACGCAGAGCAUCCACUGCCUGCCGCCCGUGGCCCUGCGCCUGCCGCCUGGGAUGCCCGAGCCCCCCGGCUGCCAGCGGCGCCGCACGCUCCCCGCCAGCGAGUUCCGCUGCCUCACCCCCCAGGAUGCGGCCGGCGUGUUCGAGAUCGAGCGGGAAGCGUUCAUCUCCGUCUCGGGCGUGUGUCCCCUGUAUCUCGACGAGCUCCGGCGCUUCCUGACCCUGUGCCCCGAGCUCUCCCUGGGCUGCUUCCAUGAGGGCCGCCUUGUGGCCUUCGUCAUCGGCUCGCUGUGGGACGAGGAGAGGCUCACACCGGAGGCCCUGCUGCUGCACCGGCCCGGGGGCCACACGGCCCACCUGCACGUGCUGGCCGUGCACCGCGCCUUCCGGCAGCAGGGCCGGGGCUCGCUCCUGCUGUGGCGCUACCUGUGCCACUUGGGCGGCCAGCCAGCCGUGCGCCGGGCCGUGCUCAUGUGCGAGGACGCGCUGGUGCCCUUCUACGCGCGGUUCGGCUUCCACCCCGUGGGCCCCUGCGCCGUGUCCGUGGGCCCGCUGGCCUUCACGGAGCUCCAGUGCUCGCUGCAGGGCCACGCCUCCCUGCGGAGGUACAGCUGCUGA